AUGGUGGCCGGAGCCUUCAGUCGAGGGCACCGCGCGCGGCCGUCGCGCCAGAAGGCCGCGCGCUACGCCCUGGCAGCCGUGCUGGCCGUUCCGCUGCUCAUCAUCGUCAUGCAGACGGUGAUAUACCGCGGCGCGAACUUCACGUCCGCCACGUUCGACGUGCCCGACGCGGGGCGCUACGCCUUUCACCGGAAGAAGAGCCCUGUUGAACCAGCAGACAAGGACGCACGCAAGGGGCCGCUGCUGCUCGGCCAGGGCGACCCGCACCGCGCGCAGCCGCACGUGGCGCAGAGCGCGCCGCGCAGCGGCGUCGAGAAUCGCCUCGGCCGGAAAGUCGAGCACGAACAUCACCUGAACGCAUACGAGAGAUCGAGUCUCCUGGAACAGGAGGAGGGCGCGGGCGGGGGUCUUUUGCACAAGAUCAUGAACGGAAUCAUGGACCGCGGGGGCAGCAAGGAGGUGAAACAGCGGGCGGAGGUGCACUGGCGGCAGCAGGGCGCGGGCGGCGAGGUGCUCGACAUGUCGCGGCCGUGCUCGCGCGCGCACCUCGCGUCGUCGCACACGUUCGACUGCGGCUGGCACACCACCGCGGGCGCGUACCGGAAGAACUGGGGCACGUUCUUCGACUGGUACUCGAACAUGUGCUUCGGCCCGAAGGACGCGAAGAUCUACCUCCUCUCCUACUCGCACGGCUACGACACGACGACGCACCACAGCAUGCUGCUCAACCGCGUGCAUUACAUGGUCCGGCACGCGCACGACGGGGCGCAGGCCGUCAAGGUGUGCAUCUUCCAGCAGCCGAUCGACGCGACGCGGCCCGAGAGCUGGAACAAGCUCGCGUGGGAGAUCGUGGUCGCCAACGCGGUUCCUGACCUGAAGUGGCUGAUGGUGAUUGAUACGGACGCGAUCAUCGUGAACAUCGACAAGAAGGUCGAGGACCUGCUGGCGAAGGAGCUGAAGCGGCACGUGAAGCCGCAGGCGCGCCGGGCGAAGGAGAAGUUCCCCGACGCGGGUUAUACCGAGGACCCGGAGAUCUUUUAUACCCACGACUACUUCGAGCGGCCGCGGAAGGAGCCGCUGGAGUACGACACGAUCAACGAGGGCGUGCACGUGCUGCGGCCGACGGACUUCGUGCUGGACUACCUGACGCACGUGUACAACUUCUACCCCGACUCGGUGUACCAUCCGUGGUGGCAGCAGCACGCUACGCUGACCUUCCGCGACGACUUCCGCAAGACCUUCCGGCGCCACUUCGCGGUCGUCCCGCCCGACACGCUCAACCACUUCGGCAGCGACUUCCUGCAGUCGCCCGAGUGGCACGACAUCGUCAAUUCCGGGCACAAGGUGCCGUGGCACCGCAACUGGCCGUUCAUCGUCCACUUCGCCGGCGCAGCGCGCGACAUCAAGUCGGACUCGGUCGUGUGGCUCACGUUCAAGCUCGGCACGUGGUCGCGCGCGCCCAAGUGCAUGCAUAGCCCCGAUUGGCUCCACACGUGCACGCCGUGCGAGACGCUGCGCGGGCUGGACGUGGAGAUGGAGGUGUUCGGGGUGUCGACGAGCACGGCGCUGCGGAAGUCGUACGACGCCGCGGUCGAGCGGCUGAAGAAGCAGGUUCAGGAAAGGGACAACGUCGUGCAGAAGCUGUUGAUGCAAAAGAUGCACGCAGCGCAGGAGCGGAGCGCCGGACGCACCGCGCCGCCGCAGGGGCUGCUCUCGCGCGCGUGGUCGUGGGUCGGCGGGCAGAAGCCGGCGCCGCGCGGGGCGUGGACGUCCGGGGACGGCAAGCAGCCCUUCUGGUCGUUCAACCCGAAGUACUUCGACCGGUUCGGGCAGAAGAAGGACUCGGCGCCCGAGCUCGAAGGUAUGACAGAACUAUCCUACUACUGGGGGGACGCUUCGCGGCCGGAGGACUCGGGGCCGUACGUCGAGGUCUGCUGGCACGACCGCAAGGCGGACGCGUUCGACGCGAAGCUCACGGGCCUCGCGGCGCUGAACGGUACCGAGGGGCUGCGCGCGCGCGUUGCAGAGCUGCAGCGCGCGGAGGAGCGCCUGCCGGGGCCGUCGCGGCUGAACCCGCACGUCGCGUGGCGCGAGAAGGCGAUGGGCCCGCAGGAGCGCCCCGGCGCGCGCGGGCGGGGGAGGGAGGACGGGUGGGCGGCGACGGGCCGGGGGGAGUCCCUGGAGGACGCGGAGGGGAGUGUUGUUGCGACGCGGGCGGCGGCGGAGGAGGAGCGCGUUGCGGGGGGCGCGGGGCCGCCGGGGGAGGUUGCGGGGGAGGAGCGGGGGGCGCUGGCGGGCGGUGACGAGGGCGAGACGCGGCGUGGUAUAACGCGGCUCGGCGGCGGCCGGUCGGAACGCCACGGAGGGAUCCUCAGUACGACUCAAGUGCUGCUCGUGGAGGACGACCCGCUGACGCUGCGCGUGCUCCAGGCCACGCUGGCGCGCGCGCAGUACGAGGUCAUCGUCGCGAUGAACGGGAACGAGGCCAUGAGGGCCCUGCACGAGCACGGCGACUCUGUGGACCUCAUUCUCACCGACGUGCUCAUGCCGGAGGCCAACGGCUUCGACCUGCUCAUCUCCGUGCUCCAGGAGCCCCGGUACGCGCCGAUUCCGGUCGUGCUCAUGUCGUCGUCUGAGGACCAGGAACUGCGCGACAGGGGUCUGCUCGCGGGCGCGCGCGGCUUCCUCUCCAAGCCCGUCUGCCGGGACGACAUCGACAACAUCUGGCCCUCGGUGCUCGGGCCGGACCAGGACCGCUCCACGGAAGCCUCGGGAGAGGACGGCACCGCGGUCAACGCCCCGUCGCCCCCGGCGUCCGCGGCACUCCCCCUCUUCCAAACCGCAGCCGCAACCACCAGCCCUGCGCCCGCGGCGGCCACGCCGCCGCCGCAGCCGCGCAGCCAGGGCGACGGCGACGAGUCCCUCCCCUCCGCGCUCCUCGAGCUGUCGCUCCGCAACUCGACCGCGCGGCAGCACCAACACACCCCCCCGCCGCCCUCCGCGGCCCCCGCGCCGCACCAGCCGCCGCCGCUGCCCCCGCAGCAGCCGCCGCACGCCAAGCCCGACGCCCCGCCCUCCGGCCGCACCACCGGCCCCACGACGCGGCUCUCCAACGGCAUCGCGGCCGGCGCGGGGCGCCGCUCUGAAAGCGCCGUGCGCGGGCCCGCCACCGCGAGCGACCCGUUCGGGUGGAACGCGGCGCAGUCCCCGGCCCUCGCGCAGCAGCAGCAGCCCGGCGCGCCGCACGUCGACCCCGGCGCGCUGUACGCAGCGUUCCACGACGCCCUGCGCAACGGCGGCGUCGUCGCGCUGCCGAUGGCAGCGUCCUCGCAGCGCACGGCCGGGCAGAACUCGGCCGCGGCCGCGCACCGCGCGGCCGCGCUCGCGCGGUUCCGUGAGAAGCGGCGCAACCGUCAGUUUGGGAAGGUUGUGCGGUACGAGAGUCGGCGGAAGCUCGCGGAGCAGCGGCCGCGGAUCCGGGGGCAGUUCGUGAAGAUGGAGGUCGCGCAGGCGAUGAAGGGCGAGGAGAAGAAGGAGAGCGAGGGGCACGCGCCGGGGCUGAUGGCCGGCGGCGGCGCGAACAAGCCGCAGGGGCGGCGGUCGAUGGGCGCCGGGCGGCGGUCGGCGACGGGCCGCCGGAGCACGGAGGUGGCGUCCGCGCUGCUGUCCGGCCUCGACGGCCUCGCGGAGAUCGCGGGGAUGGAGGCGGAGUCGAACGCGGCCGCCCCGGGGCGCGCGGGGCGCCGGUCGCACUCGCGAGCGCGGUAG